AGAAAAAGAAAAAGAGAUUUCUUGUCCAAUUCCAGCGCCAGGUUGAUGCCUCAAAUCUUUUCAAAUUGGUGAAUUGAUUCUUGCCUUAAUUCCUUAAAUUAAAUUCCAAUAAUUUUGGUAAUUAACCUUCAAACCGUGUGAGAAUCAAAUCCCCCAACUUGGGCAUAGAGUAAAACCAUUUAAACCCUACAAUAUUGCUCUUCCUCUCCAAAGGCGACAUACACAUACACACACACACCAAAAUUCUCAAGAACAAGUAUGAUUUCUCUCCCAAUCCCAACCCAAUCAAGCUCAAGUGUUGUUGUGCAGUUAGUUUGAGACACGCAAAUAGUCAAAAGGUGCAGUCACAUGGAUCCAAUGUCUAAUGAGACCAAAGUUCUAUCUAUCCGGAUCAAUUGUUGUGACAAAUGCCGCAAUGGUGUCCCCAAAAAAAUUAGGAAAAUGCCAGGGGUGGACAACGUUCUAAUAGAUGAAAAAGGAAAUCUUGUAUAUGUCUUUGGCGAAAUCGACGGCACAACGUUGUUGAACAACGUUGCGAAGCUAGGCAAACCGGUCAAGCUUUUAUCAGCAGCAGACAAGCAGCCCUUGAACCAUGCUGAUGAAAACCACAACAAAUCCGAACCUCAUGCUGAUGAAAGCCACAACGAAUCCGAACCUCGUGCCGAAAAGGGAAAAAAACACGCCAACUGCUGCUGUGGAGACGGUCGUCACCACCGCAGCAACAGGCAGAAGAAGAAGGCGGAAGAGAAAGAGGAGCAGAAGAAGGCGGAAGAGAAAGACGAGCACAAAUGCGAAGACUACAUUCCCCCCAAGAUUAGUCCCCAUGUGUGUAAAGAUUUUUUCUGCAAAACCCAUCCACGAGGGCGCCUGAUUACUGACCGGGUGCCAGCUGAGAAUACGAGCAACUUCUUUGGCAUGCUGCCGUUUUAUGGCACAGGAGGGGUGUACCAGUAUCCGAUGGGGAACGAAGGGUGGUAUGGACGGCAACAGCCACCACCGCAGUCUGGGUAUGGAUGGCAACAGCCGCCACCAAGGAGGAAUCCACAACAUAAUCCAUUCAUUUUUCAGUAGAGAAAUCUACUUAUUUUGACAUGGCUACUUUUCCACAAAUUCACAUUUGUUUCUAUUUUAUCACAUUUACUUUCCAAUGUCACAUUCUAGCUACCAUAUGGUUUCCAUUAAUCUUUUUGAUAAAUAAAUCUUUCGUAACAUUGUAAUAGUGUCAAUUUGUCACUUGACAAUUAAAGUAAAAUUUUGUGUUCAUUUUUUC